GGAUCUCUUAUUCUCCCUAAACAUGGCAAUGGGAAGAAUUGGGACCAGGCGUGUAGCUAUCUCACAAAGACACAUCAGGGGGAACAUGAACUGACACGACGUUACAUCUUAAUCCCUCUCAGAAUAAAUCAGAUCCAGUGUUCCGCGGUGAAGAUGUUGAACCUACUACGCCCCCUACUGGUCGUCUGGAUGUACCACCUCGUCUCCAGCCACGCCGCCCCAAGAUACAACAACGGCUUUUUCUACCACGACAUCAUGAACGGCGAUGGCAACGGAGAGAUCUAUUUCAACGGGGUGCGUCUCCAUGUGGAGUCCCCCCAGGCCUCGGUGUCGGCGGCCAGGGGUAGUAAUGUUACCCUGCCCUGUCACUACCGCUACGAACCCGAGAUCAACGGCCCCCGUCGGACCCGGGUCAAAUGGUCUUGGCUGCCCACCAACGGCGCCGGCAAGACCACCCGUGAGACCGACGUGAUGGUCGCCAUGGGCAACCGCCACCGUAGCUACGGCAGCUUCCAGGGGAGGGUGCGCCUGCGUCGGGCUGCUCCAGGGGACAUGUCGCUGGUGAUCAAGGAGCUGCACCUGAACGACACAGGCCGCUACCGCUGUGAGGUCAUCGACGGACUGGAGGACGAAAGCGUGACGGUGGAGCUGGAGCUGCGAGGAGUGGUAUUUCCCUACCACUCCCAGAAGGGCCGAUACCAUUUCAACUUCCUGGGGGCCCAGCGUGCGUGUGAGGAGCAGGAUUCGACCCUGGCCACCUUUGACCAGCUCUUUGUCGCCUGGGAGGAGGGGCUCGACUGGUGCAACGCCGGAUGGUUGGCUGAUGGGACGGCUCAGUACCCAAUCACCACACCGCGGGAGCCCUGUGGGGGCGUGGACUUAGCCCCUGGUCUCCGUAGUUAUGGACAACGCCACCGCCACCUCCACCGUUUUGAUGCCUUCUGUUUCUCAGCCGCCCCCAAGGGGACAGUAUACUUCCUGAAACAACCCCAGAAGUUCAACUUCACCGAGGCGGUGGCAGCGUGCGUUGACGACGGCGGUCAGAUCGCUAAGGUGGGCCAACUCUACGCUGCCUGGAGGUUCAUGGGAUUGGACCUCUGCGUCGCGGGCUGGUUGGCCGAUGGGAGCGUCCGUUACCCCAUCGCCAAGGUACACCCUAACUGCGGCCCUUCGGAGCCAGGGGUGCGUCAUUUCGGAUUCCCCCCUCAGCAGCAGAAAUACAUUGUCUACUGCUAUCGGUAAACCCCCCCCCCCCCCCUCAACGAAUAUCAGUAUGAAGCAGUACUACUGUAUGACAGAUAGCCUCUACUAGUUAACUUCUCUAUUCACCACAGACACCACACUAGUCUGCAUGCUACUUAGCAUUAGCUAGUUCUGCUCUUACAGUGUCCGCUGUAUAGUCAUAGUGAACUGUCUUAAUCUCCUCAUAUUGAACAUACUAUCAGUCAUACUCCCCGCUGAGACUCCAACCAGUAUUGAUACACAUACUGUAUACUGGCUAUUUAGGGUUGUGUUGUCAGGUUUGGCUCACAGUAAACUCAGGGAAGGUGUUCAACUCACAGCAUUGCCCUCGUGAUGCUUCACCAGUGAUUUUUUUUUUAUCCAACAAAGGUCUUUCCCUUGGUGUUUUGCUAUGUCUCACUGUUCCUGAAGUCAUUUCAGUUCAAUGUAUGUCAUUCAUAGUCUUAGGCACAUUUCUGCAUGAUCCUCUUUGUGUUAGAAUGUCUUUUCAUGUCUUGUUUUUAUAAGGGUUGGAAUGGAAUGAUGAAAUUAAUGACUAUGAAUACUUUUUCUUUUUAUACAAAAACUGUUUUUUUUGCUUUUAUCGUUAUGAGGUUUUGUGUGUAGAUUGAUGAGGGGAACAAUAAGGAAUAUGAUUAACGUUGUAACGUAAAACAAAAUGUGGAAAAAGUCCAGGGUUCUGAAUACUUUACGAAUGCACUGUAGACUGUCAUGUUGGAAGGGGAUUUGACAGUAUUUUGUGACAUUGUAGAGGAGCUCAGUGUUAAAAGGCUUCCAUGUGUAUCGUUCUACUUUAAUUCAGGUUGUCUGACUUUAAUUAAAUCAUGCUGCUUUAAAUCAGGUUGUAUGACUUUAAUUAAAUAAUCCUACUUUAAAUCAGGUUGUCUGACUUGAAUUACAUUGUGCUACUUUAAAUCAGGUUGUCUGACUUGAAUUAAAUCAUGCUGCUUUAAAUCAGGUUGUCUGACUAAUUAAAUCAUGCUACUUUAAAUCAGGUUGUCUGACUUGAAUUCCAUCGUGCUACUUUAAACCAGGUUGUAUGACUAAGUGUUCUACCAAAUGAAUAAAAUAAUGUCA